GUGAAGACACUGUAAACAAGCAGAAGGAGAAGAAGGGCAGAGACAAACACAGCAGGAGGAAGGGACCCGUGUGUCAGCUUUGGAUGCUGGAAACAUCCGACCCAGGGAAGUGAUUAUACCCCUCUUUCACCUGAAGACAUCAGCAGAUCAAAAGAAGAGUGUUCUGUGGCACACGCACGCAUCAACAUUCAAACUGCAGGUUUGGAGUUGAUCCAGGAUGCAGUCCUACCUUGCUCUGCUGCUGGGGAUUGUGGCCUCCGCUGCUUCAGCAGAAUGGAGGCGUCCGGUGAUUAAGUUCAACUCAAAGGUGGUGGGGAGUUCUGAGGUGGUGGUCAGACCUGGGACCACCCUGGAUCUGAGAUGUGAAGGUGAUGGGCCUGUAAACUGGCAAACGAGGCUAGCCAAACACAGACGCUAUGUGUCCAGGGGCAACGGGAAAGCCCGCACCUUGAAGGUGGAACGCCCCUCUGCAGAAUUCAGUGGGACAUACAAGUGUUAUUACACAGCGGCUGGGCUACAGCACCUGACCUCCUCAGUGCAUGUGUACGUAAAAGAUCCAAACCGUGUGUUCUGGACCAGCAGCACAUCCCUGCGGGUGGUGAAGAAGGAGGGUGAGGACUACCUGCUGCCCUGCCUGCUGACUGACCCAGAAGCCACAGACCUGGGCCUCCGCAUGGACAACGGCACCUCGGUGCCCCCCGGGAUGAACUUCACAGUUUACCGGCACCGAGGCAUUCUCAUCCACAAGCUCCACCCCAGCUUCAACGCCGACUAUGUCUGCACAGCGAGGGUCAACGGAGUGGAGAAGACCUCCAAGGCCUUUUCCAUCAACGUCAUUCAGAAGCUUCGUUUCCCACCAUAUGUCCUCCUGGAGACAGAGGAAUAUGUGCGCAUUGUCGGGGAGGAACUCAAGAUUCGCUGCACAACACACAACCCCAACUUCAACUACAACGUCACCUGGAAAUACACCACCAAGUCGAAACCUUUGAUAGAGGAGCGGGUUCGCUCCAGCGGAGAAAAUCGCUUGGACAUUCAGAGCAUACUGACCAUCCCUGCUGUGGAUCUUGCAGACACAGGAAACAUUUCCUGCACAGGCACAAAUGAAGCAGGGGUGAACAGUUCAACAACAUACCUGCUGGUUGUAGACAAGGCCUACAUCAGGCUGCUGCCCCAGCUGUCCCCUAAACUGGCCCACAAGGGUCUUUCAGUGGAGGUGAACGAGGGAGAAGAUCUGGAGCUUAACGUGCUCAUCGAGGCGUACCCCAGCAUUACAGAGUACAGAUGGCACACCCCAACAUCUCCGAACACGUCCACACAGGAGCACAAGCUCAUCAUCUACAACAACAGAUACCAUGCUUCUCUGCAGCUGAAGAGAAUGAAUGCGCAGGAGCAGGGACAAUACACCUUCUACGCCAAGAACAACUUGACCAAUGCAUCCAUCACAUUCCAAGUCCAAAUGUAUCAGAGACCUGUUGCUGUGGUGAGAUGGGAAAACAUAACCACACUCACUUGCACUUCAUUUGGCUAUCCUGCUCCCAGAAUCAUCUGGUACCAGUGUCUUGGGAUAAGGCCUACGUGCAAUGAGAACACCUCAGGGCUGCAGAUGGCCAUCCCUCUCCAGGCUCCCACAGUGGAGAUCCAGAGGGAGGAGUACGGGGCCGUGGAGGUGGAGAGCGUCCUCACCGUAGGGCCCUCGAGCCGCAGGAUGACAGUCGAGUGUGUGGCCUUCAACCUCGUCGGCGUCAGCAGCGACACAUUUGCCAUGGAGGUUUCCGACAAACUCUUCACUUCCACCUUGACUGGAGCAGCAGGCAUCCUGACCAUCCUCCUCCUGCUUCUGGUUUUUCUGUUAUACAAAUAUAAGCAGAAACCCAGGUAUGAGAUCCGUUGGCAGAUCAUUGAAGCAAGAGAUGGAAACAACUACACGUUUAUUGACCCCACUCAGCUGCCUUACAAUGACAAGUGGGAGUUCCCAAGAGACAAGCUGAAGCUAGGUAAGAUCCUGGGUGCAGGAGCUUUCGGAAAGGUCGUUGAGGCCACAGCCUAUGGCCUGGGAAAGGAUGACGAUGUGUUGCGCGUAGCUGUGAAGAUGUUAAAAGCCAGUGCUCAUUCAGAUGAGAGGGAAGCUCUGAUGUCAGAGCUGAAGAUCCUGAGUCACCUGGGACACCACAAGAACAUCGUCAAUCUCCUGGGAGCGUGCACCUAUGGAGGGCCAGUGCUUGUGAUCACAGAGUACUGCAGCCUCGGCGAUCUCCUGAACUUCCUUCGCCAGAAGGCAGAGACGUUCGAGAACUUUGUUAUGAACAUUCCCAAUAUUACAGAGGACUGUAAUGACUACAAGAACGUCUGCAGUCAGAAACAGUUCAUCAGAAGUGACAGCGGGAUCUCUAGCACAACUUCAAGCAGCUACUUAGAGAUGAGACCCAGCCAGCUGCCAAAUACAGAAUCAUCUCCAGACUGUGUGUGCAGUGAGACUGGUGACUGGCCUCUGGACAUUGAUGACUUGCUGAGAUUUUCCUACCAAGUGGCCCAGGGCCUUGAGUUUCUUGCUGCCAAGAACUGUAUUCACAGAGACGUGGCUGCAAGGAAUGUCCUCUUGACAGAUCGCAGAGAGGCCAAGAUAUGUGACUUUGGCCUGGCGCGUGACAUCAUGAAUGACUCCAACUACGUGGUGAAGGGCAAUGCCCGUCUGCCAGUGAAGUGGAUGGCUCCAGAGAGCAUCUUUGACUGCAUCUACACCAUCCAGAGUGACGUCUGGUCCUACGGCAUCCUCCUGUGGGAGAUCUUCUCUUUGGGCAAGAGCCCCUACCCCAGCAUGGCUGUGGACUCCAGGUUCUACAAGAUGGUGAAGCGUGGCUACCAGAUGUGUCAACCGAACUUUGCCCCUGCUGAGAUCUACAUGAUCAUGAAGAUGUGCUGGAAUCUGGAGCCGACAGAGCGUCCGACGUUUAGCAAGAUCAGUCAGAUGAUAGAAAGACUACUCGGGGACCAACUUGAGCUCGAACAGCUAAUCUACCAGAAUGUGCAGCAGCAGGUCACUGAGGGUGAAGUGUGUGACGAGCCCAAGUGCUGCGACAGCCCCUGUGACCAGUCUUGUGACCACGAGGAAGAGGAACAGCCUCUGAUGAAGACCAACAACUACCAGUUUUGUUGAUCGCCCUAAGCCACCGAUCAAUCAGUGAAUCAAUCACUCAUCAACAAGCAUCAGGAAAGCGCUAUCAGCUGUGGCUCAUGGCCAGAGUACCACUGCUUGUUCUAACCGCUGGACAGUCACAGAGAGUCGCCUUCACAGCUAUUUUUUGCCUGUUGUGCCUGCUCGCCAGACAGACAAGCAGCUGCAGCAAGCAUGUGACUUGCUUCUUUGCAGACCAUGACUACAAAUUGCCACGUCUAAUGACACUGACUGCAGACAUGAAAGGAGGAAACAUGUCAACAGACCGCGAAAGCAUCCAAAGCUGUACCUUAUCCUAAAUGUUACCCCCUCAUGUACUGUCUCUCACUCCUUCUGAUAUGUAUUUGAGGUAUAAUCUGUUAACGGAAGGAGAAUCUUUUUGUCAUUUCUUAUUUUCUUAUUAUAAACUCUGUGUUUAUUACUUUUUCUUUUUUUUAUUAUUGCCGUGACAGUGAAUGUUUUUGUAGAGAUUUUUUGUCAGCAGGUUCACUUCCUUCUCAUCAUUUCAUUGCAUGUAUGCUUUCUCAGAGGAAGCAACCCAAAAGUCACAAACACUGCGUCCACAACAACAACCACUUUGUGACUUCUUAUCUUCAUGUGCUCCAGACAAGUUGGUUUUUAUUCCCACAUCACCUUAAUUAAACAUCUAAACAGUGCAAGUGUUUUUCCCUGUUUUAAACACGCUGGUCAUAGCUGUAUCUCUUGUGACACACUUAACAGCAGCUGUCAGUCGCAACAUGUGAUUGUUCCACUUCCAUCUAAUUAAUUAAGCAGGGGUCAGUGUGAUUUAGGAGCAGCGAAUACAACUGAAUUGAGCAGGGAAAUCUGUGGAUCCCUUAUGGAUCAGAUGAACAAUGAUUCAUGUCUGACAAUGUGAAAGUUUCUUUUUUUCUUUAUUUUUGCAUGGCACGACUUAAUCUUCUCAUUUUCUGUAGAGUUAGACGAUUAUUAGGAUGUAAGCUUCAUUUAUGUCUGUAUGUAGCAGUCAGCCUACACUGCCAACUGUUUGAAGAUUUCAGAAUGAUAUAUAAGCUAUGUGAGAGAUACAGACUGCAUAUUUGUGUGACUUCAGGCAUUUUAAGUGUGCUUGCAUCUGAAUGAAACAAGAGUGAGAUGUCUGAUAAUGUAUAUAUCUCAUGAUGUAAAUCAAGAAUUGUCUUUAUUUUCGCUGGAAUGUAGAAUAGAUAGUACAUCAAUAUGUCCAUGUUGUUUUUAUUUGUGUGCAAAUGAGAUAAUCAAUGCAAAAGCUGCAAAUUAAAUCACUGGAAAAUGCUUUGAACGAAGCUUUACCACUGAACCUUCAGACUGUAGAGUUUCUUUAUAUGCUGCCGAGGUGAUGAUAUGGUGCCAGAUAUUUCUAAACUACGUUUUUCUUUGUUGUACCUCACUGAGCUGAUAGAAACUGUGCUGCCUUUAAGUUCCUCUCUCCUCACUUCCUAUUUUUGUUGUUCUGGAUCACGUCCAAUCUGCAUUUCCUCUGGAACGUUUCCCACAGUAUCUGUCAACAUUGCACAACUCUGAAAACUUUGUAGGGAAGUAUUCAUCCCCAUCAGAAAGUCUACAUGCUAUCCCUCCUUUGUGAGGUUUCAGCUGAAAUCAUACUCCUUUAUGUGCUGCCAGACUUUCUGAGGUACAUUGUGACGUCUUUGUUCGGUUGUCUGUCAAGACACUGAGAUAUUCACAGUGUUGGAAAGGUUACUUUGAAAUGUGAUAGGUUACAGAGUUACCCUGUUAAAAAUAUAGUAAGUCAUGUAUCUAUUUUUAUUACUUCAUCAAAGCAAUGUAUCACAUUUGACUACUUUUUGAUUGCUUUUCUAACAAAUGUUAUACACUGGGCAAUAAAGCUGAAAAAUGUUCAGAAAUAGACGAUGCCAAAAGGAGGUAUUACUGCACAGGAGAAGAUCCAAAGAAAAGCUUUCCUCCAAAAGUUGAAUAUGUGCACAGCCCCACCUCUGCCGUUAAAUCCAAAUGAAAAUGAAUGGGAGGAAUAGCGUUUUUGCAGCAGUGCCUGACACAGUGUAAAUGAAUCCUUAGUGUGAACUUGAAGCAGAGUUCAGUGACACCACUCCGGCUUUGCCAGAACUGCCAAUGGAGCAAAAACAUGUGAUGCUCCAGCCCAAAUGUCCUCAGGACACCCUCCUUUUUUAUAUUUAAU